AUGUUGUGCAGAUAUGAUAUUGGGGUCAUGGCUGGCGCCAAGCUCAAGAUUCGCAAAUACUUUGAUCUGUCAGACUCGGAAAUCGAAUUGUUGGUGGGCAUUCUCAACUUUGUCAGUGCCUUUGGCGGUCUGGUUUCCGGCAAAGUGGCUGAUUAUCUUGGACGCAAAAAGGCUGUUGCCAUCGCCUCGAUGGUUUUCCUUGCCGGGGCCAUCCUCAUGGCAUUUGCUCAAAGUUAUGCCAUGCUCAUGGCCGGACGAGUCGUCACCGGCAUUGGCGUCGGCACGGGUCUCACCAUCGCCCCGCUUUAUACGGCCGAGCUCUCCCCCAAGAAGAUUCGCGGUGCUCUUGUCUCUUUUACCGAAGUAUCCAUCAACAUUGGCAUUCUACUCGGGUUUUUAGCCGGCUGGGCCUUUGCACAGCUGCCCUUGGAAUACGGCUGGCGCUGGAUGCUGGGUGUUGGUGGUAUCCCCCCCAUCAUCAUCAUUGCCAGUCUGGUUCUCAUGCCAGAGUCACCGCGCUGGCUUACCAAAAACAAUCGCAGCCAUGAAGCUGUGAUGGUGCUGCUCAAGACCUGUCCGCCAACCGAAGCAUUUGACACUCUACUCGAGCUCGAGGAACAGGUCAAGGUCCCUACAGGUAUGACCUGCUCGUUGCGGGAUAUGUUCUGCCCCGACCCGACCCUCCGCCGCCUCUUGAUUGCGGGCUUGGGUGCUGCCUUGUUCCAGCAAGCUUCAGGCAUUGAGGCUCUGGUCUACUAUGUCCCAGAGGUCCUGGAGGCGGCCGGAAUCACCGAUGAGGAGGAGCAACUUCUAGCCAAUGCCGGCGUGGGUGCCAUUAAGGUGAUGUUCAUCUUCAUUGCCAUGGCCUUUACGGACAAGGCUGGACGCAAGACGCUCCUGAUUGCCAGUUCCAUUGGCAUGAUGUUAUCUGAUGGCCUCGUGGCGCUCAGCUUUAUCCUGGGCAAUCUUGCACCCAUGACCAUUACCGGUAAGCCCACCCCACGCAUCAUCACGGUUGGCCUGGCUUGCAUUUGCAGCUACAUGGCGCUCUUUUCCGUCGGCUGGGGCCCCAUGUGUUGGGUUAUCGUGUCGGAGAUGUUUCCGCUCAAGGUUCGCGGCAUGGCCGCUGGCGCCGGCACCUUCAUCAACCGCAUUGUCUCUGGCACCAUUGCCAUGUCCUAUCUCAGCAUGUCCAAGGCGCUCACUGAAGAAGGUACUUUCUUUCUCUUUGCCGCUGUCAACGUGGCCGCCAUUUUCUUUGUCAUUUUUCUGGUCCCCGAGACAAAGGGGAAAUCGCUCGAGGAGAUUGAGGCCAGCAUCGCCGGCAAGAAGACGACGAGUGUGCAGUGUUGCCGCCGGCGUGCACGCGUGGCCUAUGACACCUUUGAUCGCAGUGAGGUUUAUGCCACCAGCGCACCAGCGGCUUCCCUGUACCAGGAUAUUCCCAUCCGCAACGGACGCGACGGGAGCGAAAGCUCUGUCUAG